AUUUCUCUCUGACUAGUACAAGAGUAUCCUCCCAGUACACAAAACAUAAUUGAGAAAAAUAGGCUCUAGUUAGCAGUCUGGCCAAGAGAUAGCAGCAUGGAUAUAAACCAGGAAAUUUAAGUUUUAUUAAUGAAGUAUGACCAAAUGGACUGUUUAAGAUGAGUGGUUCAUUUCACCCAAUAAUUUUCUCUAAUGGAAAGUUAAGUUAUAUAAGUCAAGAUGCUCUCAAUAUACCGCCUGUACUUUCGAGAAUGUAUGGUAAAAAUGUAACAAGCUUAGAUUUAAGUUUCAACAAACUCUAUUCAUUGGAUGGGGUAGAAAAUUUUCCCAAUUUGACUGAACUAGUUGUUGACAACAAUGAGAUAGACGAUUCACUCAUUCUGUCAGAGAUGCCUUAUUUACAUACUUUAUCAUUGAACAACAAUAAAAUUACCAAUCUAGAUGUGCUUGUUAAGAAGAUAAAAUUAAAGUUACCAAAAUUACAAUAUCUCAGCCUUCUAGGAAAUAUAGCUUGCCCUAAUGAGCUAUCGGAUACUGAUAAAGAUGAAGAGGAUUACCAGCGAUACAGAUAUUUUGUUCUUCAUCAUUUACCAAAUUUAAAAUUCCUCGACUCACGUGUCGUUAAUGAUAAGGAAUGGAAUGAAGGAAAGACAAGGGGACAGUACAUGAAUAUUGCAAGACCAAAAGCCUGUUAUUCACAAACAAUUGUUGAAGAAACGAAUGAAAAUAAAUUUAAUACCCCACUACCACAUAAGUUAAGAGAUCCGGAUGAUCAUCAAGGAAUUUACAGCAGAUGUGUUUACAGAUAUACAGGAAAGCAGUCGGAAGGCAACAGGUUUAUUAAGAACAAUGACUUGUGAUUAAACUGUGUAAUGAAAAAAAAAACAUUUUUGUUAUCUUUUUUUUAUUGUUAAAAGUGAUAUUUUGAUUACCAAUAAAUUUUUUUAUGUUUUUAA